GGAACCAUUUUCUGGAUAACUGACAAGGAGAACUAGCUAAAACAAGAUUGUCAAAACAAGCUAUUGUGGAUGCUCGUGCAAUGGAAGAUGAAGAUAGACUUGGAUAUAUUGCUAGAAAUCAAGAUAAACUAAGAGCAGGCUACCUUCAAGGUGUAUUUGAUGCUGUAGAAAAAGGAUUAAGUCAAGGAAACCAAAUUGGAAAAAGAGUGCUAUUAUCAUCAAGCCAUGUUGGUUCAAGACGAUAUAUGGUACAAAAUGACCACGAUGACAUUGCUAUAUGUCGAGUUUAUGGACAACCUGAUCUAUUCAUAACAUUUACUUGUAAUCCAAAAUGGCCUGAGAUAAUUUCAGCUAUCUUACCUGGUGAACAGCCAAACGAUAGACCUGAUAUCAUAGUACGUAUCUUUCAUAUCAAAUUAGAGCAAUUACUUCAAUAUAUCCGGUUAGGUAAAAUUUUUGGUCCAACAUUAGCUCUUCUAUACUCCAUAGAAUUCCAAAAAAGAGGAUUGUCACAUGCCCACAUUUUAGUCUGAAUAGAUAAAAAUGGGAACGAAAUCACACCUGAAAUUAUAGGUAAAUGGAUAUCUGCAGAGAUACCCCAUCCAUCCGAAGAUCCUUUAGGAUAUAUUCUUAUAUCAGAACAUAUGAUGCAUGGCCCUUGUGGAAUACUAAAUGAAAAUUGCCCGUGCAUGAGAAAAGGAAGAUGCUCAAAGUUUUAUCCAAAAGAAUUUCAAGAUGGAACAAAUUUUACAGAUAAUGGUUUCACACAAUAUCGACAAAGAGAUACUAAUAUUUACAUACGUAGAGAUAAUUGUAACCUAGAUAAUAGAUGGGUUGUGCCUCAUAAUUUACAGCUUCUAAAAAAAUAUCAAGCUCAUAUAAAUGUUGAGUAUGUAAACAAAAGCAAGAUGUUGAAAUACCUUUGCAAAUAUGUAAACAAAGGACAAGAUAGGGCAAAAGCAAUAUUUGAAUAUCUCAAAACAAAUGAAGAUGAACAAACAAAAGAUAUAGAUGAAAUAAAAGAACAUCUAGAUUGCAGAUAUAUUUGUGAACAAGAUGCAAUUUGGAGGCUACUUGGAUUUAAUAUUCACUAUCAUUGCCCACCAGUAGAAAGGCUUCCAGUUCAUCUACCUUUUAUGAAUAUAGCAAAACUACAAAAAAAAUGAUAAGCUAAAGGCCAUACUUGCUGAUCCUAAUAAUCAGAAGACAAUGCUCACAGAAUGGUUUGAAGCCAACAAAAAUUACCAAGAAGCUAGAAAUCUAACAUAUUGUGACUUCCCAUUACAAUGGAAAUGGAGUACAAAAAAUAAAAAAUGGGUCAAAAGAAAGCAUGGUUUUAAGAUUGGACGCUUAUAUUAUGUAAACCCAACUGAAGAGGAACGAUUCUACCUUCGUAUGCUACUCAUGAUAGUUAAAGGAGCAACAAGUUAUGAAGAUAUCAGAACAUACAAUGGAACUAUAUACCAAUCUUUUAAAGAAGCUUGUACAGCACGAGGUCUACUUACUGACGACAACGAAUGGUAUAACGCCUUUAACGAAGCUGCCAAUUGGGCAACAGCAUCACAACUAAGAUAUCUAUUUGUAACAAUGCUUCUAUUUUGCAAUUUGAAAGAUGAAAGAAAGUUUUAUAAUAAAAAUUGGAGAAAAAUGGUUGACGAUAUAGAAAAUACAUUACUUAUCAAACAUCACCCAAUAAAAUAUUAUGCUACCGAGACAGAAUUACAAGAUUUAUUACAUAUGGAACUAGAGAAAAUAUUGAGUAAAAAUGGAAUAAGCAUAAACAGUUAUAACUUACCACAACGAAAUACCCAAUGCUUUAUAGGAAAAAAUAACCAUUUUAUAGAAGAGGAACUAACCUACGAUACAGAUUAUCUAGAAGAGCAAGCUAAUAAAAUGUAUUUCCAAUUAAAUGAGGACCAAAAACAUGCUUUCCAUGAGAUAAUAAAUUGUGUAUUAUGUAACAUACCAAAUUUUUUCUUUUUAUCUGGUCAUGUUGGAACCGGGAAAACAUUUUUAUGGAAUACAAUCAUAUCAUACUUACGAGCACGACGCAAGAUAGUACUAACAGUUGCAUCAUCAGGUGUAGCUUCAUUAUUACUACCAAAUGGACGAACUGCUCAUUCAAGAUUUACGAUUCCACUAGAAAUCGAUGAAUUAUCUCUGUGUGAUAUAAAAAGAGGAACAAAAUUGGCUGAACUACUUAUGCAAACUAAUUUAAUUAUAUGGGAUGAAGCGUUAAUGACAAAUCGGCAAUGCUUCGAAGCACUAGAUAGAUCACUAAAAGAUAUAAUUUCUGAGACAGACCCUAAAGCAUCUAAUAUGUUAUUUGGAGGAAAGGUUGUUGUCUUAGGCGGAGAUCCCAAACAAAUUCUUCCAGUUAUUGAAAAUGCAUCAAAAACACAAAUUAUAAAUGCAUCGAUAUUUAAGUCAUAUCUUUGGGAUGAUGUAAAGAUAUUAAAACGCCUACGGUUGCUAGCCCAGAUGCAAAGGCUUCUGGAUGGCACCCCCCAGGUCAAGGGUUCGAGCCCCGUCGGGGACGGAUUUCUCGGCCUGGUGGUCAAAAACCCCCCUCGCUGUGCUCCCGAAGUCCUUGGGCUGGCUGGUCCGACACUUGGGCCGUGUACCCCGACCUAGCUGUGCGGUGCCGCCUGGGGGCUGGUCCGACGCUAGGGGGCGGGUGGUCCGGCCCGGUGGAAUAGUGCCGCCAGGCCCAAGGCCGGAAUGAGCCGGGGUUCGGGGGGUUUCUCGGCCGGGUCAAACUGGCCUCUUAAAUAGAAUGCCGCGGGGGGCGGUCUUUCCCCCGCCCGGUCCGAGUUUUUUUUAAGAUAUUAAAACUGCAUAUCAACAUGCGAUUACAAAAAGUGGAACCUAACAGCCUUGAAUAUGAAGAGUUAAAUAGAUUUAGCAAUUGGAUUCUAGAAAUGGAAUAUGGCCAAACGGUAAAUAAUGACGCAAACAAUAAAGACAAAGAUGAAGAUACAUCUAUAAUUGAGAUACCAAGAGAUUUGCUACUAUACACCACAGAUAACAAAAUUGAAAAAUUAGUGGAUUUUGUAUUUCCAGAUUUCAAAAAAAAAUACAAUGACCCAGACUACCGCAAAGAAAGAGCUAUUUUAUCAACUACAAAUGAUAUAGUUGACCAAAUAAAUGAUUACAUAUUAACCUUGGUACCAAAUAUAGAGAGAAUAUUUAAGUGCUGGCUCAAUAUUGAAUUGUAUAGAUACUUGUAAUGAUGCAGAAUUGCAGAUAUAUUAUAUCCUGUUGAAUAUUUGAAUACCUUGAAUGCAAAUAAUUUUCCAUCUCAUAAAUUGAAACUCAAGAUUGGUACACCAGUAAUGUUACUAAGAAAUCUGAAUCAAAGCUUAGGACUCUGCAAUGGUACAAGGUUGAUAAUCACAAAUUUAGCAUAUAAUAUUAUUGAAGCUGUCAUAGUAACUGGUACACAUAUAGGACAAAAAGCAUAUAUACCUAGAAUAAAUUUAACAACACGUGGAAAUCGUUGGCCAUUUACUUUAUGCCGAAGACAAUUUCCUAUUAAAGUUUGUUACUGUAUGACUAUAAACAAGAGUCAAGGCCAGACUUUAUCAAGGGUUGGAAUAUACUUAAAAAACCAGUUUUUACACAUGGCCAACUCUACGUUGCAGUUUCAAGAGUUACAAACAGAAAUGGCCUUAAAAUAUUAAUUGAAAAUCAGGAUGGUACAUGUGGAACUAGCACUUCAAAUAUAGUAUAUAAAGAAAUAAUUCAGAUGAUUUGAUUUCAUAAAUUUUUUCCAAUCCACAUGCAAGGAAACCUUGUUCUACUUUCGGAACGACAACCAAAAGGACUCAACUAUGUGAUACAUGCCCGUAUAUCAAGAAUGUGGGAACACACUAUCACUAAUACUGACAUAUCUAAACUCAUCU